AUGGCGUCUGGUUCACUCAAUACAUGCACAGUCCAGAAAUCUCGUGCCCUCCUGAACCGGGUUCACAUUAUUUUACAUUUUACUGCCAUUUUAACUCUACUUUAUUACAGAAUCUCAAACCUCUUGCAUGGCAAUGUUCCACUUGUUUCAUGGAUUGUUAUCACUAUUUCCGAGCUGAUUUUCACGUUCUUAUGGAUUCUAACACAAGCUUUCCGGUGGAGGCCGGUGAUUCGGGCCGUGGAGCCGGAGAAUCUUCCCGAGGACGACAAGUUGCCUGGGGUGGAUGUGUUUAUUUGUACAACUGAGUCGAAUAAGGAGCCGGUGGUGGAGCUAAUGAAUACGGUUCUGUCAGCCAUGGCGCUCGAUUAUCCAUCGGAUAAACUGGCGGUUUAUGUCUCAGACGAUGGGGGAGCCUCCGUGACACUUGAUGCUAUAAAAGAAGCAUGUGAGUUUGCUAGGUCGUGGAUUCCUUUUUGUAGGAAAUAUGGUAUCAAGAAUAGAUGUCCUGAUGCUUAUUUUUCAAUGUCCGAUGAUUCUGAACGACAUGUUUGGAGCGACGAAUUCAAGGGAGAGGAACAAAAGAUCAAGUUAAACUAUGAAAAAUUCAAGAAAAAUGUAGAUGAAGAUCCCGAGGUCGAAGACUCCGACAGACCUGAUCGAUCCGCACAUGUUGAGGUGAUAUACGAUAACAGGAAGAACGAAAAACUAGAGGAUAAUCAAUCUAAGAUGCCUCUUCUUGUUUAUGUAUCCCGCGAGAGGAGGCCAUCGCAUCCUCAUCACUUUAAAGCUGGAGCCCUCAAUGCUCUUCUCCGAGUUUCGGGAAUAAUGAGCAAUGCACCCUACACACUAGUGUUAGAUUGUGACAUGUAUUGCAAUGAUCCUACUUCUGCUAAGCAAGCAAUGUGCUUCCAUCUUGAUCCCAAAAUAUCAGGCUCACUUGCAUAUGCACAGUUCCCUCAAGUUUUCUACAAUGUCAGUAAGAAUGACAUUUAUGAUGGCCAAGCAAGAUCUGCUUACAAGACUAGGUAUCAAGGUAUGGAUGGGAUAAGGGGCACGGUUUGCGCAGGCACUGGGUAUUAUUUGAAGAAAAAAGCCUUGUACUGUCGUCCUAGUUAUGAAGAUGAAUUCCUUAGAGAGGCAGAAAAGAACUUCGGCCGCUCUAGUAAGUUCAUUGAUUCCCUAACGACACUAAACGGAAAACCUAACGAUAAAAGAGAAAAUUUGUCUGUCACGAUUAUAGAAGAGGCCAAAUCCCUUGCCUCUUGCACAUAUGAAGACAACACUGAAUGGGGGAAAGAAAUUGGUUACUCUUACGGCUGUAUGUUGGAGAGUACUUUCACCGGCUAUCUCUUACACUGCAAGGGAUGGAAGUCCGUCUAUCUUUAUCCAAAAAGGCCAUGUUUUCUUGGUUGCGCAACCAUUGACAUGAAAGAUGCCAUGGUUCAACUCAUGAAUUGGUCUUCUGCAUUGGUCGAAGCUGGUCUAUCGAGAUUCAGCCCUCUCACUUAUGGAAUGUCUCGGGUUUCCAUUCUUCAAAACCUCUGCUAUGGAUACUUCAUGUUUUCGCACUUUUUCUCCGUGCCCUGCUUUUUAUAUGGCAUAGUUCCUCAACUCUGCUUCCUGUAUGGAAUCCCUUUGUACCCUAAGGUUACAAACCCCUGGUUUGCAGCAUUUGCAACUAUUUUCAUAUCAUCCCUUUGUCAACAUUUAUAUGAAGUACUCUCGAGUGGUGGCUCAGUUAGUACAUGGUGGAAUGAACAGAGAAUUUGGAUGAUAAAAUCAGUAACAGCUUGCUUAUUUGGAUGCCUCGACGUUUUCUUCAAAUGGUUAGGCAUAGCGAAAGCAAGUUUCCGAUCGACUAACAAAUCCAUUGAUCACGAGAAGCUCGAAAAAUAUGAGAAGGGAGUCCACAAAUUGAACCAAACCAAUAGCGCCGGUACGAGCAUCUGGGGCGACAUGAGGGCCAGAAGAACAAGGCCUAUCUCUACAGCUCAUAGUGGAAAAGGGAGGAAUCUGAGGCGAAGAGCAGCGGGUCGAGGAUGGAGAGUGGUGGAAUUGGUGGGAAUUGAUGAGGGUUCUGGGUUAGCGAUUGAGGAUAAAUUGGGGGAUAGGAAUAAUUUGAGGGGCAUGGCUGGAAAUGGAAAAGAUGUGGUUCUGGAAAAUAAAGGUGGAGAAUUGAGGAAUAAUGAUGAGGGAAAGGUGCGUGGAAGGAGGACUCGGGGGUCAAUCAGGGUUUUAGAAAAUAGUUGCAAAGAAAUGGAUAAUGUAGGGAAAGUGAGUUUGAGGUUUAUAAGUUCUCAAACAGAAGUGGAUUCAGAGGCUUUAGAAAAUGGCAAAGAAGAUAUUGUGGAACAAGUGGAAUAUGUGGGGAAAGUUAAGAGGAAAUGA